AUGUCUAAACAAGAGUUUCCAAUUGACCAAAAAGUUCAGACAAUUCUCAAUCAAUUUAUUGUUCCGAAAAAAUUGCUUGAUGAUGGAAUUGAUUUAUUCACCAAAUCAAUGGAUGAAGGUUUAAGAAAUCCCUUGGCUGGCUCUUCUUUUAUGCCUAUGAUUCCAUCAUUUAUAACAAAAAUUCCCACUGGUAAAGAAAAGGGCCUAUUUUUAGCUUGUGAUCUAGGUGGAACUAAUUUCAGAGUUUGCUCUGUCGAAUUAAAUGGCGAUCACACAUUCAAUUUAGAACAAUUGAAGACAAAGGUCGAUCAUUCUUAUAUGGUGGGCGAUUCCAACAAUUUAUUUAAUUUUCUCUCAUUGCAUGUUAAGGAAUUUUUAGAAGUUCACCAUGAUGAAUAUCUAAGUUCAAAUAAAGAUAACCAGCGUUUGAAAAUGUCUUUCACUUUUUCCUUUCCCAUCGAUCAAACUUGCAUAAACCGUGGAAAAUUAAUCAGAUGGACAAAAGGAUAUGAUGUUAAAGAUGCUGUUGGACAAGAUGUAAUAAAGCUAUUUCAAUAUACUCUAGAUCAGCAUAAAUUACCAGUUGACUUGGUGGCAAUCACCAAUGACACUGUUGGAACUUUAUUAGCUAAUAGUUAUGUUUCAAAUACUUCCAACCAGACGCUUAUUGGUGCAAUCUAUGGAACAGGCACUAACGGUUGUUAUAUCGAAUCACUUGAUAACAUUAAAAAAUUAAAGCCAGAGACAGUAGAAAAAUUAAAAUCCAAAGGUCAAAAUUACAUGGUCAUUAACACUGAAUGGGGUUCUUUUGAUAAUAGAUUACAAUGUUUACCAAAUACAAAAUAUGAUGAGAUUCUUGAUUCUGAAACUCCUAAUCAGGGUUAUCAUAUGUUUGAAAAAAGAAUAUCUGGAAUGUUUUUAGGUGAAAUUUUGAGACUAGUUCUUAUUGAUUUGAACCAAAAAAACUUACUUUUAACGGAAUUCUAUUGUUCUGAGAAAAAUGAUAAACCUAUAACACUACCACACAGAUUAUUAAGACCAUGGGCAUUUCAAACCGAGGUUUUAUCAAAGCUUGAAAUAGAUGAUUCCACUGAUUUGAAAAUAAGUAAAUUGUGUUAUGAUAAUGACUUAAGAUUAGAAACAACUUUGGAGGACCGUCGUAUCAUUCAAAAAGUAGUUAAAGCUGUUUCAAAAAGAGCAGCAUAUCUUUCAGCAAUCCCAAUUGCAGCAAUCAUAUUACAACAAAAUGAUGGAAAGCCUCCAAAAGAAGAAAUUCAAGUUGGAGCCGAUGGAGCUGUUAUUGAGUUUUAUCCAGAAUUUAAGGAACACAUCAUGGAAGCACUUAGAUUGACAGAAUUAACUGAGGCAGGAGCUGGUAAAAUCAAGUUUACAAUUGCAAAAGAUGGAAGUGGAGUUGGUGCAGCAUUAUGUUCAAAAACAGCAGAAACUUUAAGCCAAAACAACACCUCUCUAUAG